AGCAUAUGGAAUGAUGGACUUUAUGUCGAAACCGUUCGUUGAUCCGGACACGGCGGGAUGGUCAAGAGUUAAAGAAUCCUUGGAAAAGGACAACGUCAAAUUGUUUCACGUGUCCGCCUCUGACAAGCCAGAACUGAUCAAGUACUUAGAUAACGCGCCAAAUUUUGAAUCUGUCCCUCACCCCGGGAAAUUUAGAACAGCUGCCCUCUAUCGGAAUAAGACGGAUUUAUUCGCCACCAUUGAAGAAAUCGUUCAAAUAGCUGAUUCCUUGCAACCAAUUCCCGCCAGCAAGCCGAAGCUAUGUUUCCUCAUCACGUGUCAGGGGACGCAUUAUCCCGCCAUGGGAAAGCAGCUGUACGCUGAGAGUCCCGUUUUUCGGAAGCAUUUCGACUUUUGUGCGGUCCACGUCUUGAAAGAGUACGACAUCGAUGUGAAGUCGUUUUUGGAGUGGGACGUCGUUCCUGGCGUGGUUCCGGAGUGGAUGGAAUCGCCGAUAAAGUUCCUCCCGUAUUUGUUAGCAUUGGAAUAUGCGUUGUUCAAGCAGUGGGAGGAGUGGGGAAUAAAGCCGGAUUAUGUGCUAGGGUUGAGUUUUGGGGAAUAUGGGGCGGCCGUUUUUGCAGGAAUGAUCACGAUCGAGGAGGCCUUUAAGUUGAUCAUGACGAGGAUAAUUUUGAUGACGGAGAACAUAAAGGAGGAAGCGUUUUGCGUGUCGCAAAUGGGGAUGACCAAAUACGCGGAAAUUUUGGCGGAAGCUAAGACCGCGGUGGGAAUGGAGGAAAUGUGGUUGGACGUGUCGGCUAUUAAUUCCCCUGUUCAAACUUGCGUAGUCGGACAUUUGAAAUAUGUCAACCAAUUUGCAGCGACUUGCAAGAAACACUGGAUAAAAACCUUGAUAAAGGAGUACCAUCCUUACCACUCUUCCCUUACAAAACCCAUCCUCCCGGAAUUUCUUAAAACAACCUCCUCAAUCCGUUAUGUUCCCGGCACAGCGAAAUUCAUCUCCACAGUGGACGGGAAACUGUGGGAAACUUUGGACCCAAACUACUUUUUGGAUCAUCUGACCGGGCCAGUCAUGUCUAUUGGCGCCGUGGAGACGGCCCUGGCCGAGGGCGUGACCCACUUCGUCGAGGUCGGCCCGCACCCAAUAAUCAUCCAGAUGGUGAAGGACAUCCUGCAAAAUAAUGACCCCCAUGCCGAAAAUAAGUACACCUUCGUGACCUCCAUGACGAGAAAGGAGGACGAUCGGCUCGCCCUUUUGAACAGUGUGGGUAGACUGUACACGGCAGGGUAUGACGUAAAUUGGGAGAAUGUGGACAAGUUUCAAGGUCAAGGUGGAGGUCAGCUUUAAGUUGGGGUGGAAUUGAAUUUCAAUUAUUUAAAAACCAAAUUAUGUUUCGGCAAUAAAAUAUUUUUGAUUUUGAA